CUUUGUUUACCCUUGUUACUUCAAGCUUUAAAGCACGGUGAGCUAAGCAUCCUUGCCCCUAUUUGUGAUUGUGACUACCUCGAUUAAGCUGGUAAGCAUUGUGUUGACAGGGGCGGAGCUUCUUUUUCGCGGGUUCGAUUUUCCGAGCCGACGCAUUGUGCGUUGUCCAAUUAGGUCUUCAAGGGAUGGGCUCGCACAUGCACACAAUUCCUUCAACUCGGAUCUGUAGCAUAAUUUCUGGAGGUUGCUAUAGAAAUCUGAUUGUUGAGAUUUAUGAAUUUCUAGAACCACCGAGAACCGUCCGCCGACAGGAGCCGCCAAGUACCUGAACGUUGGGUGUCCACUUGGUGUAACGGGUCGGUAGUCUUGUCCCACAAUGGCAGAACCGAACCAGGUUCCAAAGAUCUGGGAGGCUGCCAUUCGUCGAUACGAAGAUGUCACGAAUAAAAAGCUAGAUGGCCCCUCUAUUAGAAGCUUGACAACUGUGACCGAGCUACGAGACGCUAUAGAAGACCAAAACAAGGUAUUCGCUGACUUUAGACAAAAACGCCAUGGCUUGUACGCCGCCUUAUCAGCAGCCAUGGGCCCGAUCGAACUGGUGGGUGCUGCUGCAGGUGAAGCUGCCUCAAUGGCGUUUCCACCUAGCAUUUUUGUGUUUGCAGCCGUCCAGUACCUGAUAGGGGCAGCGAAAGGAGUCUCGGAAAAGUACGAUGCGAUCGUGGAAGUUCUGGAGACUUUGAAGGACUUUACAGUCCGCCUUGAGACUUAUGCACACCAUUUAAUGUCUCGAGGGCUCGGGGGUAAAAUGGCCGAAAUCUUGGCUGUCAUAUUAGAGAUCCUCGCGAUAUCACAAAAGGAGAUGAAGCGUGGGAGACUCGUCUCUUUCGGCAAGAGCCUUAUCGGGGCAACGGAUGAAGGCAAAGAGGCCAUGCAAAAACUAAGCAAGCUGUUUGAUAGCGAGAAAGCCAUUGUUGGCGCUGAGACGCUAUCUGAAGUGAAGGGCAUAGCGAUCGCGGUGGACAAGCUCCACAUUGACGUAUCUAAUUUAGCCAAUUCACAAUCUACGCAUGCAGCACAGGAUCAAAACCCCCUACGAAAGAUCAGGGAUAUACUUGACCCGUCUGGCCGCCCUGAUGAAAUGUAUCACACUUUUAAGCGCAAUCGAGUUUCCGAAACUGGAGCCUGGAUUAGAGACGAACCCAACUUCAAAGCAUGGAUAGGAGGUGAAAAGCCGAUCCUCUGGAUAUCAGGCAACCCAGGAGCAGGAAAGUCAUACAUUGCAACUAAUGUCAUUACGGAUCUUGUUGCUGCAUACCCAAAGAGACAUGAAGACACAUCCACCGUCUCGAUCGGGUACUUCUUCUUUAAAGACGACAAUCCUCGCACGCGGUCCUUUCACCAAGGCCUACGAGACAUUGCUUAUAUGAUUAGCCAGGGUGAUCAGGCGUAUGCGAGGCAUAUCCUAGCGACUUGUGACACGCCCGAAGAUGUUUCAAGUCUAUAUAAAGUAUGGCAAAGGCUAUUUAUUUCCUUCUUUAAGGAUAAUGACACUACGCAGCCUCCAAGAAGAAAAAUAUUCAUCGUUCUUGAUGGGCUCGACGAGGCUUUUCAGGAAGAACGCGCUGAAUUCCUCGAACUGGCUAAAGAUAUUGGCCAAUCCAGUCAGAUACAACUAGUUAUGUUUGGGCGCCUGCAAGUGAUGGACGAUAUAGAGCAAUAUUUAGACAUGCCGGAUGUGCCAACAAUACAUGUUACUGCGGAAACUAACUCGCAGGAUAUUAGGCGGUACAUACGGAGCACUAUCUCUAAAGCUGUGUAUCUGAGGAAAUCUUCGAAGGUGCUAUUAAAUGAAAUCAUUACUCAACUCUCAAAGAAAGCUCAAGGCAUGUUCACCUGGGUGAAUUUAAUAUUCACCGACAUCUUGAAAAUGCGUGGGGAGGGAGUUAUACGCAAAGCUCUUCAAGAAGCCCCCCGUGGACUAUACAAAAUGAUCCGGCACGUACUCGAAGGAUACUCAAUCUCUCUUAGAGAAUCCCCUGAUGUGUUGCAUGACUUUAACGAGAUCCUCAUAUGGGUGGCCGUCGCAGCUCGACCGUUGAAGCUAGCGGAGAUCAACAGCGUGCUGAAAUGGAGAUCUGACAGCGGAGAGGGCAUGAUUGGGCUUGAGAGGUCCCUUCGCACCCAAUUUGCAUCAUUCUUCACACUAAUAAGACAGGAUGGACUUAGUACAGCUGAUCUCCAGAAACUUCAGCACGGCGCGGAGACUUCGAGCAUAGACGAGGACGGAAAAUUAUGUUCUCAAAGCGCUUCCGAGGACGAAUACUGGGAUGAACCCGCGGAUGAAUCAGACUCUGACCCACUUACAACGGAGGUUACGUUUAGCCACGCCUCAUUUGGUGAUUUUUUCCAUGAUGAAAACGAAGGCCCAGUCUCAGGCGGGCAGAAUACCUUGCCAGCUGGAGUUGAUAUCAGAAAUGCGAGGGUUCGGGUUUUCUGUGCGUGUUUAGAUAUCAUGUCUUGCGAGCCAGGCAGCCCUAAAGAACCAGUAGCAUUGGAGUUGAGGUCAUAUGUGGCCUCAGUUUGGCUGGAAUUGCUCCGAAAAAUUGAUAUUACUAAAACGAGCGAAGAGGAGAAGAAGGCCAUUGCCCAUGGCCUAAUGUCUGUGUUGACAAGGAGCCCAGGCCUUGCGGAUGUAAAUUGGAACACCCAACUCACCAGCCGCGACAGCCUUGACCUCCUUAAGCUCUGGCUUGAGAGUUCACCGGUCCCGGAAAUAAAGGAAUGGUACAGCCUCGCAACCGCCGAAAAUGACGCUGAUCUUAUUAGCAAUGUCAUUCGUCGGAUUGGCAAACGGUGGCUUGCUACAAGUAGUGGAGACUGGCUGUUAGAUGCUAGGGCAGUGGCGGGUUUUAUGGCCUUUCGGAGCGGCGAAGAGCCAAAACCAGGUUUAGUCUCUGAUGAAACUAUUUUGAAAUGUGCAAAUUGGCUUUCGCUAGAUCAGGAUGCCCUUUGGCACCUUCGAUUAGGUGCUACGCUUCGAGACCUUGGACAUUAUACCCAAGCAUUGGAGCAUUUGGAAACGUCGACUUCACUCGCUCCAAAAGAAGAGCAGUGGCCUAUCCGACAUAGCAAAUCGUGGCUGUACAUGGAGAUGUGCAAGUAUAAUACAGCAGUGGAGCUUGAUGUUGAGAUGUACCAAGAGCUUGAAGCAUUGCACAAGGAACAGGAUGCGAAUGAGUCCAAGAAAUGGGAUAUCGAUCUACACAAAGUCUGUCAUCGCCUUGCGAUUUGCUACCGAGAGCUCAAAAACGAGGAUCAGGAGAUUGCGUACCUUGAAAAGGCCACGUCUUAUGACAUGCGGUGCUACCUCUGCCUGAGAAAAUUGAUUACGCUACUCUGGUUUCGUCAAAACUUCGACAAAAUUACAGCCACACUAACUAGAAUGGACGUGCAGCUCCCCGAUAAAGAGUACACAGGCUUGAUAGAGGCCCUUCUAACUGGUAUAUGGACCCAGGACGAAGAGGACUUCAAAUACAUCGCGGUGGCGGCCCUCUAUUCCCAGAAGUUAGAGUGGCUUCUAACAGCCUAUAAUACCGCCAUACAAACCGCGAAAAAGGAGCACAGAACUGUUGUCGCUGUGAGUUUGGAGCUUAGCAUAGCUGUCAUAUAUGACAAAGGUAUAAAUCGGCACGACGAAGGCGCCGAGAUCUAUAAGCGCAUUCUCGACAUAUAUGGGGAUACUCGCAUCGACUUGAUGCUGGUGCGGUCUUUGGUGAAUGCGAAAUGUUAUCUUGGCUCUUACCUAAUUUGGAAGGCCAUUGAGGACGACGGGCCUCUCUCAGAGGCGGGUCAAGAAUAUGGACGCCAGCUCGAAGAUCUAGUCCAGCGAAAACUACGUCUGGUGGUCGACGAUAAUGUUCCUAGUUAUGCGGACCGCGAGCUUGACAUGGACCUUUAUGAGAAAAACCUUAUAAAAAGCUCCGUGGCAUUCAUGGGCCACAGUAUCUGCUACUUGUACCUAGGGAACUACUACAAGCUAGUAGGUCGGAUGGAUGAUGCCAUGACUCAAUAUGCAGAGGUAGUCAAAGGUUGUCUAGAAAUACUUGACAAUGAUGACGCUGCCGAUGAUUUUGUUGCGUUUUCAGUUCUUUUCCAAGUGGUAGCGUCAGCUAUUGGACCGGAGGAGGCUGUUGACAUAUUCUAUCUGUCAUGGGCUAAUAGAGUGAUGCUCGCUCAGUUAUGGGCGAAGCGGACGGACAUAAUAACUACGGAGCAUGAGGGAAGCAAGAGCACGAUUCAAAUUCGGCUAGCCCCCAGUAACAACAUGUCGAGGGCGGAGAGCGAAAAGGACGAGAAAAAGAUCGAGGAGACAUCAAUCUCCCCCCAGACACUAUCUUGGACUGUUGAGGAAGUCGAAUGUCUCGGGUGCUGGAACGAUUUUAAGCCGGGACAGUGGGAAAAGCAUUAUGUAUGCUACCACUGCAUGUAUGGGUUCUGCAUAGAUUGCUACACUAAACUGCGCAACAAUACGUACGAAGGUCCUGUCUGCUCACCGCGACAUGAUUGGUAUGAGGUUCCAGCACCAUCGGAAGAGCUAAUGAAGAAUUGGCAAGUGGGGAAGCUAUUCUUGCGGGGUGAAUGGGUGGAUAUGGAUGUUUGGAAGGAUAGCCUACGGAAAAGGUUCUUAGAGAAAUGAACAAAGAGAAGAUAGAAUAAAUAGAC